UGGUUAUUUCUUAUGAAUGUCUAUGCGUGUUUUGAGUGUGUGUCUCUUACCUUUUCAGUGUGUGAGAAUGCUGAGGUGCAGUCUACAACAGUCACCUGCCCUGACUCCCCUAAACCUGUGGUUCUGCCUGAGCCAGCUACCCCCUCCUCAGUACCAGGACCAUUACCAGGGGAAGGACCAGAGGUCGGGCCAGACAGGGGCCACGGUUGGUCCAAUCUCCUGUCCCGGACCAUGGGCCAGCGCCAGGGUCAUUUCUACCACCCUGCUACACUGGCACUGGCAUCCCGAGCCAAGGUAAACUUCCACUGCAUUUCUAUGAGACAUUGGUGUCUAUGAGAUGUCUGUUGGUUGCUGUGAAACACAGUUAUGUAUAGGUAGAUAGUCUCAGAAUGCCAUCCUUCCAAGUCGUGUUCAUCACUCAGAGGAAACCUGGAAAACGUAGUGAUAUGCGGUAAAAGGACAAAACAACUCAUGAAAAACAAUGUUUGACUGAAUGUGUCCUAGAGUCCCUUAUCAAAGAGUUGACAGUAAAUUGAAGCAGUGUCUGUGUCUUAACCUCCGCGUCCCUUUCUUCUCUCACUCAGCCCCGCCCCCGUGUCCCCCCCAGCUCGGGUGACUUCCUGUGUUCGGUGUGUCACAAGGUGUUUCCCCUGCAGCGCAUGUUGACGCGCCACCUCAAGUGCCACAGCAUGGUGAAGAGACACCCCUGCCGCUACUGUGGCAAGGGCUUCAACGACACCUUCGACCUCAAGAGGCACAUGCGCACACACACAGGUAUCCGUCCGUACCGUUGUGAGCUGUGUGACAAGGCCUUCACACAGCGCUGCUCCCUUGAAUCCCACCUGAGGAAGAUCCAUGGCGUGCGCCAGCAGUACGCCUACCGCCAGCGCCGCUCCAAGAUCUUUGUGUGCGAGGACUGUGGCUACACGUCCAACCGUCCCGAAGAGUACUUCCUCCACGUGCGCCAGUGCCACCCGGGCAGCCCCGCCCUGCGGCGCUACUACCGUCGCCAGGCACACGAGGGCACCAACAACGUGCCCGCCGAACACAAACUCAGUCCCUUCUUGAUGUAUCCCACUGGGUACUAUGUGGGUUGAUUUAAACUCCUAGGUGAAGAUUUGCUAAUAACAUUCAAGUGUGCUAGUCGGUUUCUGCCUUAGUCAAUUCCUUCAUUGUAACCUUGCCACAGAGCAGAAACAGGCUAGUAUCAACGCUAACACAUCAAUAUUACAGUAAGGUGAAUGGACAAUAUGUUUGGGGUUAUGCCCCACCCAGUCAGUGCCUGGCCAGUAGGCCAAAAUAACAUUGAAAAUCAUCAGCAUUGGUGUGGCUAUUUUAAAAGCACCACCUCCUGGUGUCCACUUUAGGUAAUGCAGAGAGAUUAAGGAGAGGGUGUGUCUGGUCAAUAGUCAACUACGGUCAAUGUUGAUUAAAGGUAUGUUUUUGUGGAGUGGUGACUUAUCGAUGUGUCCUUUAAAAUAAAUUGUAUACUUGGCACACAGGCCUGUCCCUCUCCUUGCCACCCAUCCUCCCACCUGUACAGCUACAACCAUCCCAUGUUAUAUUGACUUGCUUAUUUAUUUGCAUGGUGUAUUGCUGCUGCAUGUUUGACUUUUCAUUAUAUUGUGUUUUAAAGAUGUGACGCUUAAAAUACCAAACAAAUGU